AUGUUAAUUAAUUUUAUUAAGAUCCAAUUAAUAUUAAAAUAAAUAAGAACUUUUUAGCAACAAUCAAGCCUUCAUGACAAAGACUUUUCCUUUUUUUUAAUUCCAUUUUUGAAUCCUUUAAUGAAAAAAUAGACGAAAUUAAUGCUAAAAUACUUAUUAAAAAAGAGUAUGCUAGUAUGUCUUAAAAUUUAUUUCUUAGAUUAUUCUCUUUUUAAGAAAAUAGAUACAACAUCGUUUUAAAUAGGAGAUCCCAACUAUUUGCUUUAAUGGCAUACACAAGUCCCUUUAAUGA